UCCCCCCUCGCCUCAGCCAAAAGCUGGCCUGUGUUCCGUUCUUUCUCCAGUCAUCAUCCAGGGAGUCCACACUACAGCCAUGAAGACCGCGCUGCAAGAGAUGACUCAGUACUGGAGGCUGUACCUGUUGACACUGGUGCUUGGCGUUGGGGGAUCACUUCAGUAUGGAGUUCAAGUUUCCAUCAUGGCAUCGCCUGCUGAACACGUCCAGAGCUUUGUGAACCAGACGUGGCUGGGCAGGUAUGACAUCCCUGUGGGGGAGGCUACCAACACCCUCAUAUGGUCCUUUAUCGUGUCCAUCUUCAGCCUCGGGGGUUGGGCUGGGGCUGUCCACAGUGGCAGCCUUCCAGUCAAAUAUGGACGGAAGAAGGCCCUUCUCUUCAACAAUGUGGUGGCCAUCGUUGCAGCUGUGUUUAUGAUCCUGAGCCGGACUGCUAAAUCAUUUGAGAUGAUCUUGAUUGGUAGAUUCUUGUAUGGAUACAAUGUUGGUCUGGGGCUAAGUGUGCACCUGAUGUAUGUGGGAGAAAGCUCACCAAAGGCGCUGCGUGGCUUUCUCACCUUGACCUGUUCCAUCUUCAUUGGUCUCGGUAAACUGUUGGGCCAGGUGGUUGGAAUCAAAGAGCUGAUGGGCACAGAGGACAUGUGGCCGUAUCUGCUGGCCGUGAGCGGUCUGCCUGCGAUUGUGCAGUUUGUGUCCCUACUGUGUUUCCCUGAGGCUCCACGCUACCUGUACAUCGACAAGGGAGAUGAGGAUGGCUGCAAGAAAGCCCUGCAGUGGUUGUGGCAAGAGGACGAUCUGAAGCUGGAGCUGGAGGACAUGAGAAAGGAGAGGGAGAAAGUCCAAGGCGAGAAGGCCAAGACUGUGCUGGACGUUCUAACAUCUCGAAGUGUGCGUUGGCAGCUGCUGGCUCUGGCGAUCCCCUGCGCUGGAGUCCAGUUCUGCGGCAUCAACGCGCUUUAUUUCUAUGCUUUUGACAUUUUCCGUGAAUCUGGAGUUGAAGAGGACAAGAUGCAUUAUCUCUCCCUUGGCAUUGGAGCAACAGAACUGAUCACUGUAAUAAUCUGUGCAUUUGUGAUUGACCGAGCUGGCAGAAAGAAGCUCAUGGGCUUUGGUUACCUCAUGAUGGGUGUGAUCAUGUCCGUGCUGAUUGUCAUGUUGACUAUCAAGGAUUUGUACGCCUGGGUUCCCUAUUUCAACAUCGCACUGAUCUUCUCUAUCAUCUGCGUCUAUGGCUUGGGACCAUCGGGGGUGUCCAUGUGCCUGCCAGCUGACCUCUUCCUGCAGGCUUGGCGUCCAUCAGCGUAUGUGGUCAGCGGUACCAUUAACUGGCUCAGCCUGUUUGUCAUCGGGAUGCUCUUCCCAUACAUUGUGGAGGGAUUGGGACAGUUCUGUUUCCUGAUAUUCAUUGCAUACUGCAUCUUCAGUGCAGCAUUCAUGUUAUAUUUUGUCCCAGAAACAAAAGGAAAAACCAUGGUGGAGAUCACUGAAGACUUUAACAAAUUAAACUUUAAGGACAGGGGCACAGAGAUUGAGAAGGGAGACUUUGUGCUUGCAACAAAGUUCUAGAAGACUGUAUACACCAUAUUUAUUCCGAAUAUGUGUUUGUUCUUGGUAUUGUAAAUAUGCUGUGUGUCCCCUGAUAAAUUUUAACAUUUGAAUUUGCAUUUCCCCACAUGUUAAUCCUUUGACUAAUUUAAAUACAUGUUCUAAGACACGUUCUUAAGACAAUAAGACAAUAAGAUUUGCAUGUAACAUAGCCCACAAUCUGAAAACAAAGAUUAAGCCUACAUGUUUACCCAAGUUUAGACAUUUUUUUUUUACAAAAACAAUGUGAACAAUACAUAACAUAUUUCAAGUUUUUCUGACUUGUUUUCCCUCCUAUUUAUAAUAAAGUAAGUGUCUCCAUUA